AUGGAUUCCAAUUCCCGUUACCAAGUUCAGCAACAACACCAACAACCCAAUUCUGGGUUACUUCGCUUUCGCUCUGCCCCCACUCAGGUUCUCGCGAAUUUCAAACAAGGCGAAGCUUCCAUUAACGGGAACCCCUGGGAGGGUUCUGAACCACUUUUUAGAUUUUUUAAUUCCGGGGACACCCUCGAUACUACGUCGCCUGCCUUACGAGAAUUCGUGGAUAACAAGGCUUCUAAUGAUAAUAAACAAGCGAAGGAGUCAACAAUAUCAUCAUCGUCAUCGUUAUCACCUCUGAGUCGCAUGAAUUCGCAGCAAGGCUAUAGUACUUCUGUGUUACCGGCUCGGUACCCGAGGCAUGACUCUGGUGUAACUGUUACUUCAUCUAUGAUGGUGGGUUCUAUGGGAAUGGAUCAGAGUGUAAAAAGCUUUAAUUCCAAUCUUCUCAGGCAGAGUAGCUUCCCUGCUGGCAAUUUCUCUAACAACAUCUCCUUUCAGAACGAGUAUGAUGCUAUGAAAGGUGUUGAAAAUUUUGGUGGGGUUAAUGGCAAUGAUGGUGAGCUUAGUCUAUCUAUGAACAGAAUGAAGAAUCACAUUAACUUCUCACCAAGAAGUCCUUCUUCCAUUGGAAUGUUGUCACCAACCUCCAAGAUGGGCAUGGAGGGUCUUAGGGUAACCAGCCCUAAGGAUGGUAGACAGGGAGGUAGCAAUGGUGAUGCUCGAUAUUAUGGUCCUGGAUUCCCUUAUGCUUCUUGGAACGAGACGUCACACCCCAAAAGACAGCGAAACAGUAACGAUGAGUUACUUUCUGAAGCUCAGAAUGGAGAGGUGGGAAAUCAAGUUCAUACACUUUCGCAUCAUUUGAGUUUGCCAAGAACGUCCUCGGAGAUGUUUGCUAUGGAUAAUUUGCUUCAGUUCAAUGAUUCUGUUCCUUGUAAAAUCAGAGCAAAAAGAGGCUUUGCUACUCAUCCUCGAAGCAUUGCCGAAAGGGUGAGAAGAACUAGGAUCAGUGAACGAAUAAGAAAAUUGCAAGAGCUUGUUCCAAACAUGGAAAAGCAAACCAGCACAGCAGAGAUGUUAGACUUGGCUGUAGACUACAUAAAAAAUCUUCAGAAUCAAUUCAAGACUCUGAGCGAAAGACGGGCUAAAUGCAAAUGUAAAAACAUGCAGAAAUCAGAAACAGAUCAAAUUGCUUGA